AUGCGUGAAACAAGUUAUGAGAAGAAGAUGCUUGUUAUAAGGAAGGGCCGGGCCCUCGCUGAGGCAAACGGAAUACCAGCAUUUGUGCGCCUCGAUCUGCUAUCCUUUGACGAGCUGCAGGAGAUAUCGUGGGAACUUGAAGAGAAGGUUUUCACUUCCGGUAGAGCCAUUAGCAAGCCAGCGUAUGUCCGCCAACUUAAGGAUAUCAAGAUCGACGAAUUGAAGGAGUUCACAAAGAAGAUCGAAAACUUGGCUGAAGAUCCAACCUGCGGUGGGCUGGACCACCCGACCAAACUUCUUAUACACAAGGAAGUGCUCCGCAGGAUUGCCUCUUACCAAGAGCAAAUAGAAACCAGCAAGAGAUCGCAUGAGAAGAGAAUCAGGAUCCCAUAUACACAAUCAUUCAACAAGAGGGUUGCGUCGCAGACGGACAGCUUUAUCAGAAGUCCUUCUUGGCCACAUGAUCGAAAGCGUAUCAACAAUACCGAUUUUGCAAUGAAUGAGGCUAUCAAGUGGGGCAGAGAGGCACCUGGAUUCACUUUCGGAAACCCACAGGCUCGAGAACGUGAGCAGCUGCGUCAGCAGAAGCAGCUGUUCAGGGCGAAGAUCAGGGAUAAGAACGGAAAACGUCCGAAAGUCCCGCUUCACGCGCAACUCGGCCCUGUCCCCGAAUCAUUGUGUAUUCUCGAGGUCCAGCCAUCCAUGGGGGUUACUUACAAGCCUGGUACAUAUGACCAUGAGUUCUACAGUGGUUACGGCCCAGAGCAGAAAGCAAAUUCAAUACAAGAGGAACGGGUUCGAAUUUCGCAUCUCGCCAUCGAUGUGAAGCUCAAGUCUCCUUCAACUUUGCGACGAGACGAUACCCGACAACCUUACAAAGCACUCCACGCCUUCAUCUACCACCAGCGCGUCUACAAGAUGUACCUCAUUCGACUACCAAGCUUUGGCCUCAUGCCAUUAACUGUGAAGUGGUCGGAGCUGACAUGGGAGGAGUUGGUCGAUGAGUUCGGCAGGAAGGGUGUUCUGACCGGCGACACCAAGCCCAACCUCAGAACCUUAAAAGAAGGCAUGAUCGGUCUGUACAUGGAAGAGAAGCGGGCGCACGAGUACUGGCUCAGCGAGACCAAGGAGCUCAUCCAGUUCGGACACCCGGAACAUGCUUCUGAGGACUUCCACUUCUUGCAGCGAAUGGUGAAGAACAAGCUGGCUCGCAGCUUGGUGGAUUGCGACAAGACCAUCCUUACUCACGCUCUUGCCAUCGCUGAAUUCCCUACGGGUAGUAGCGGUUUUAUCGAAGGCGAGAUUGACCGGCUGCGUGAGAGGCUUUCGGCAAGAUUGGAGUUCUUGGAGACCGAUGUUGCUUUUUCUCUGGCCGCCGUUGCGCAAACCCGACACGAUAGAGAUGGUCAACGUCGGAGUGAGAUUUCCACACAAGAGCCAACGGCCGUCCCCUUUGAUCGAAGCAAGAAGUCCCACAAGAACGCCGACAUUCCCGAACAGGCACGCAAUCACGAAUCGCUCAGCAGACCACCCCGCGUGUUGGACAAAUGUUGCUUGAAACUGAUUCCUCGUGCCUCGACGAUUGUGAAAACCGAUUGCGUGGCCGUCAUUCUGCACUCUGCCACCUCUGCUUCAGAGUACAGCGAAGGUGCGAGAAGUCAGGCACCAAGUAUCUCAUUUGUGAGACAAACCGUCAUAAGAAGCAGCGGCGGUCUGUUCAGACACCUUCAGCAAGUGCGGCUACAGGAGACCAUUAUAUUCAUAUACCGUGGAAUCAUAUCAAGCUACUAG